AUGUUGGCUUUCGAAUCUCUGCGAAGCAUACUACUGAGUAUCCCGAAGGAUCUCAUUGGGAUAUUUCUGGUUCUCAAUCUAUGUGCUUGUCUCGGUGUCUUCGUAUCAAGAAGAUGGUCGUCUGGCGCGACUGUCAGAGCUCCCAGUCCUGACUUGGAGAAGCCUGCUCUCGGUGUGAGAGGGAAGGUUGUUAGACCACCCGGUGAAUGGACACCGUCUGAUUUCAAGAGACCCACGGCAACACCCUAUACAGACUGGAAUGUACAUUCAACUAAGCCCCUUCCCUAUAGACCUUUCAGAUAUGGACCAAAAUACUUCGUCACUUUAGGACUCAGGAGCAUGAACUGGAACGAAUGGAUUGAACUAGACAACCACUACCUAAAAUACCAUGCCGACAAAGCCCAACGCAUCGAAGAGCGCGGCAGCAAGUGCUGCCACACUGCACCAGAAGCGAUGGACGGUGCAAUCGAGCUUCUCAACGAACUAUGCGAAUACCUCCCAGAAAGAUACCCAACCAUGUUCGAAAAGACCCCAACAGGCAUAUCCAACAAAGUGACCAACGAAACCUUCAACAUAACCCAGCGCCCCCUCCCAGAAGACCCAAUGGCAACAGCCGCACGCCUCGUCCAAGACGACCUGGCCAUAAUGAUCGAACGACCAGACGGCGAAUACUACCUCCUAGGCGGCGCAGUCCUCCUCGCCGGCUUCUGGCGCCUAACGGACAAAUUCGGCAUGCGACUUUCUGAAAUCCACACCUCAGGCGACGUCCCACAAUACAAGAGCAAGCUCGAGAAAGGAAUGAUGAAUUUCUUCCGUCGGCUUCGUCCCGAAGACCCCGUUCUACGAAACAAUUACUUCAUCCAGGUUGACGAUAACCUGGCUUGGUCACAUAGUAUUGGGCCUGAGGAUGCGGAUGAGGUCUCUUGGGGAACGGCGGAGAAGAAUCGUGCUAUUGAGAAUCAUUUCUUUCGUUCGGAGAGGCAGUCGCUUAGGAGAUUGCCGAAGUCUGGUGCGGUGGUUUUUACCAUUCGUACUUAUUUCGAGCCUAUUACUGAGGUUGUGAAGGAGCCGUUUGUUCCUGGGAGGUUGGCUAGUGCUAUUCGGAGUUGGGGGGAUGAUGUUAGUAGAUAUAAGGGGAAGGAGAAGUAUCAGGAGGUUUUGUUGGAGUAUUUGGAUUCGAAGCAUCGGGAGCAGAUUGAGGGGGGUCUGGAGGUUGACAAGGAGGAUGAAAUUAGGAGUUAUCCUUUUUGA